AUGUCCAAGUCACGCCGUAUUCUCUCAGGUGCACUCGGCAAGCGCUCUUCCCAAAUGGCUACCUCCAGCUCUGGCGCAACCGCCAGCGAGCUUUUCGACAUUCCAGAGUCCUCCUUCGUGUCCACGUCCGCUCAUUCAAUACUACCAGUCUCGUCUACUCCAGCACACUCAUAUCCACAACAACGCAGUCCCUCACCCCCGGCAUCGAGCUAUUUCCCAUCUGUAUCCACCAUGCAGAGUGGUGAACCACAGCCUGCUCCAGGCGCUUCUACGCACUUUGCAUAUAGCACAACCCUCAGAAGACAUCACCAUGAAGGCUCCCUCGGUCUUCAACUACCUCCGAAUUUCUCUGAUAUCACUUCCAGUGUCACGACAGACGGAUUACCAUCGCUAUGGCAGAAGGCAAAAGGUGUUGUGACACGUCAACUCUCAGAUGUCGCCACAGAAAACCGAUAUGAAUUAGUGUCAAUGGGAGGGCGGGUUAGCCCGCCCUCGAAGCAUCGAGAGGAUCGAGACAGGACAGAAACACCUUCUGCGUGUUUUGUUCAUUGGACAGUUGAGGACACUCUGGCACACUUUCAGACAUCCCCAGUCUCUGGUCUUCCUAGUUCAUCGAUUCUCGCGCUCCAGGCUGCCCAUGGAUUCAAUGAAUUUUCCGUAUCUAUGCCUGAGCCAGCUCUGCUCAAGUUUGCGAAGACGAUUUACGAGAGCCCACUGAUCCUGCUCCUAUGCGGCAGUGCUGUGAUUAGUGCGGUAAUGGGUAAUAUUGAUGAUGCAGUUAGCAUCACAGUAGCAGUACUAAUAGUAUUGACUGUUGGCUUUGUGCAAGAACAGCGCUCGGAGAAAAGCCUAGAAGCGCUCAACAAGCUCGUACCACACCACUGCCACGUAAUUCGUGAUCAACGUGAUAUACAUGUUCUUGCCAAUGAGCUGGUUCCUGGUGACAUUGUCUCGCUAUCUUCGGGAGACCGUGUUCCCGCGGAUAUGCGCAUCAUCACCGCGGUAGAUCUCGAGAUUGACGAGAGCAGUCUGACUGGGGAGACCAACGCACGCCGAAAGGAUUCUAAUCCUUGCAUCUCUCAAGCUUCGAUGCCUCCCACAACUAAUUCGAGUGGCCACGAGAACUCAGGAGAUAUCGCGCUAGCUGACCGUUCGUGCAUAGGAUACAUGGGAACUUUGGUUCGGAACGGUCGCGGCAUGGGUGUUGUGAUCGCGACUGGCCCUCAAACAGAGUUUGGUGUGAUCUUUUCCAUGAUUCAAGACGUCGAGGAAAAACGUACGCCUCUUCAAUUGAGCAUGGAUGAGCUGGCCAAGAAGUUGUCGAUUAUAUCCUUCGGCAUUAUUGGAGUUAUUUGCCUUAUUGGCACAUGGCAGCAACGGCCCUGGUUAGACAUGUUCACCAUCGGUGUAUCUCUUGCGGUAGCAGCCAUCCCGGAGGGACUUCCCAUUGUCACGACUGUCACCUUAGCUCUCGGAGUUCUAAGGAUGUCAAAGAGAAAGGCCAUCGUGAAAAAGCUUCAUUCCGUCGAAGCCUUGGGUUGUAUUUCUGUCAUUUGUUCUGACAAGACUGGCACCUUGACAAAGAAUGAACAGACAGUUACGGAGAUAUACGUCGUCGAUGAGAACAUUCAAGUUGAUGAACUUCGGUCACCGAUAUCCCCGGCAGUCAGAAAGGUACUGGAGAUCGGCUCUUUGUGCAACAAUUCCUCGAUGUCCAGGGAUGGCGAGGGUGCAUAUGUCGGUCAAUCAACCGAUGUAGCGCUGCUGAAUGUUCUGUCCUCAUUCGACGUGCCAGAUCAACGGCAUUCCUUCACCCGCCUUUCAGAGAAACCUUUCAACUCGGAACAAAAGUACAUGGCCGUCAGUGGUAUUCACACCCACUCCACAACUCUCUAUUCAGGUUCUCCUCGCGAAAUGUACUACAUCAAGGGUUCCAUCGACGCCAUCUUGGAUCGUUGCAAGUUUUACUUUGUUACCGACGGCUCAACACCUGCCUUGGACGCUGGCACGCGCGGCGUCAUACUGAAGAACGCCCAAGCAACAGCAUCACGAGGUCUCCGAGUAAUCGCCAUGGCGUAUGGAUACGGAUCUAUCGAUUCUCCACGUCAGGAUUCUGCACUGUCACAGCAAUCAAUGCACCGUUCCACCCAGUUGACGCCGCUGUCGCGGACUCCAGUUCCUGAUGAAGAUAAGACCAAUUUGGUCUUUGUUGGGUUCCAGGCUAUGUUUGAUCCCCCACGCAAGGGAGUUGCGGAUGCUAUCGGCUUGCUCCAGAACGGCGGGGUACAAGUCGUUAUGAUCACCGGAGAUGCUGAGCAGACAGCCUUAGCCAUCGCGCAAAAGCUGGGGCUCCGCGUUGGUCCUACACGAACUCAUGAUGGCCAGCUCCGCAACUAUUGCUUGACUGGAAAGGAUCUUGACCAGAUGAGCAAGGCGCAGCUCAUCGAGCGGGUAGGCAGCGUGAGCGUGUUCGCGCGGACGACGCCACGACAUAAAAUGGCGAUUGUUGAAGCUUUUCAAGCUCGUGGGGCUAUUGUGGCUAUGACCGGGGACGGGGUCAAUGAUGCGCCAGCACUAAAAAUGGCUGACAUCGGUGUGUCGAUGGGGAAAAGUGGCACUGACGUCGCGAAAGAAGCCGCCGAUGCUAUCCUCGUGGAUGACAACUUCAGCACAAUAUUACCUGCUGUCGAAGAGGGCAAAUCUAUCUUUCACAAUAUCCAAAAUUUCUUGUCUUUCCAGCUUAGCACUGCUGCUGCCGCAUUGACGCUCAUUACACUUAGCACGUUAUUUGGAUUCAGCAACCCCCUCAACGCCAUGCAGAUACUCUUCAUUAACAUUUUGAUGGACGGACCCCCAAGUCAAUCGUUAGGUGUAGAUCCAGUAGAUCCAGCAGUAAUGCGAAGACCACCACGGAAGAAAACCGAGCCCAUAAUAACCCGACGCCUGUUAUACCGCGUCCUUUUCUCGGCGGCCACCAUCGUCUGUGGAACCUCUUUCAUCUAUACCACUGCGUUGGACGAUGAUCAUGUAUCGAGGCGGGAACAAACUAUGACUUUCACAUGCUUCGUCUUCCUUGACCUCGUGUCAGCAGUGCAAAACCGUGGUCUUGGAUGUGGACUGUUACAAAACAAGAUGCUCGUCACAACCGUAUCGGUAUCAUUUCUCGUCCAGUUGGCACUCGUUUAUGUUCCCUUCAUGCAAAAGAUCUUCCAGACGGACGCUCUUGGCUCGGAGGAUCUCUUGACCAUCUUACUCAUAGCUGCAACGUCUUUCGUGCUCCAUGAGGGACGGAGACGUUUCGAGAGGGCGGUCCAGUCAAACGAAACAUAUGCUAGCGUUGCGGAAGAGAUGGCAUGA